UGUUGAGAUAAUGCGCAUGCGCAAAAUAGUAUUAGCUAAUUAGUAUUUGCAGACGUCUAAAAUGCUUAGACGGAAAGAGAAACGGAAGACACAAGACGAGUCAUUUCUCCCAUUGAUGGGAUCGAAACCGGUUCAGACGAGGUCUUUUAUUGGGGGUCAAGAAGCAAAGCGUAGGCGUGGCAAUUUAGAUGUUGAUGAUGACUAUGAGGACGAGGAAGGGGAGAGACGUUUAGAAGCCAUGGUGUUUGGUGACGAGCGUGUAGUAGUGGAUAGACUUUUGGUUAAUACUACAACUGGUGACAACAGUGAGGAAGAAGAGGAUAAAGACGAACGACCUCAAGAUGUGGGACUGGUAAAGAAGCCAGUAAGAAAACCAGUGUGGGUAGAUGAAGAAGAUGAAAAAGAGAGAAUUGAUGUUAUCAACAACAAACGAUUGCGGAAACUUCGAAAAACAGAAGAAGAGCAAACACUAGAUGGACUAACAUUUACAGCAAGGCUGAGAACACAAUUUGAAAAGAUUAAUGAGACACCUUCAUGGGCUCGUCUGCCUGCUAAGAAACCUGAUGAAGAUGUUGAUGACGAUGAUGAGUUACUGAGAAGGACUGGGAAGUUGCUGUCAACUGCGACUCAGAGUCUUCCUCGUGGCAUUAUCAACAUCAAGUCUAUGAAGGGUGCAAACUGGGAGAAACCUGCAAAGGCUGUAGUUCAGGCAUUGGAAUUUCAUCCAACUUCAUCUGUCCUGCUCAUCGGCGGGUUUCACAAGACCCUGGAUUUGUUUCAGAUUGAUGGUCGUGACAAUCCUCAUAUUCAAGGAAUCCAUUUUCGUGACUUUCCUAUUCAUUGUGCUCACUUUACAUCGGACGGUGAACAGAUCGUCGUCACCUCUCGGAGAAGGAGUUUCUACGUGCAUGACAUGAUUACAGGAAAAACACUACACAUUCCUGGAAUUAGUGGUCGAAAAGAAAAGGUUUUCACCAAAUUUGUCGUCUCUCCUGACAAUGACUACCUCGCAUUUCUAGGAAAUGAUGGAUUCAUUAUUCUUGUUUCUAACAGAACUAAACAGUGGAUAGCAAACUUGAAGAUGAAUGGAGAAGUUACUGCAGCAACGUUUUCACCGGACAGCUCACUGCUGUUGUCUCAUGGCAGUGAAGGUAUUGUUUACGUGUGGGACAUGUCGACUCGUGAUUGUAUCCACACGUUUGUUGACGAUGGUUGCAUGUGUGCCACUUCACUGUCGGUUUCUAGCGACAACCAACACUUUGCAUGCGGGUCAGACAGUGGAGUGGUGAAUGUGUACAAUAAGUCAUGCCUUACAGAUGCAAGGCCAAAACCGGUAAAAGCAGUCAUGAACUUAACAACAACGAUUCAGCACACAAAGUUCAAUCAGACAGGUGAAGUGUUGGCUCUCUCGUCUAAGAUGGUAAAGAAUGGCUUACGUCUGCUGCAUGUUCCUUCUCUCACCGUUUUUUCGAACUGGCCAAACAGAAACUUGCCUCUGAAUCAUGUCAAUGCCUUUGACUUCUCUUCUCGCAGUAAAUACCUCGCUGUGGGUAAUGACCAAGGAAAGGCUCUUCUGUUUAGAUUGAACCAUUACAAAUGAGAGUUAUUAGUGUUUAUGUAGGCGUUAUCCUUGGUCAUGUGGUCAAAACUUAUGACUGUAGGGAAAACGUGCGUACAGCUGUACACAGAACAAAAUUUUAAAUGAUUUCU